CUCCACAACAGCAGCACAACCACACGAUGAUGAUGACCAAACAAAAGAACACGCUGGCCGAACGCCUCAACAUCGGGGACGAGGUGCGCGAGCUGAAGCUGGGCUCCACCUUCAAUCCGAAGAACACCUCCACCGCAUUUCACACAAUCAAAUAUGACUUCAAGCCAGCUAGUGUGGAUACGAGCCGUAUGGCAACAGUGGAUGUUGGCUCAAAUAAUCAAGUUACUGUUAUCGUGCCAAAUUCAGAAAGUUCCGGUGUACCUCAUACAGUUUAUAAGGGUAAUCAGAGAGAGUAUGCGAAGGAAUGCUUGAUGAUCUACGACAAGGAGACGGGUGCUAUCACGAUUGAGAAGCUAAAUCAUAACAUACAAGUGAAGAAGACAAGAACUGAAGUUACCAACAAACCAGUACAGCUGCCGGCACAGAGUGUGCCCAAGGACCAAGGACAGGUCCUAGGCACGAACGGAUCCGUGCCCCCACCCAUGGCCCAAUUGGCCCAAGGGCCUUUGUCCGGGCCCGGAGGCAAACUGGAGAACAGCACCAUGCGGGUUUCAUCGAAGACAAAGGUCUCAACGGGCAGUCGUCGGAAUAAUAUAAUUGACUUCAAGCCGCGCAAUUCGCCCAUGCAGCAGAGCUCCCCUUCGCGACCAGUGGUCACCCAUCGGAGUCCGCAGUCCGCGCCAGCUUGGGAUGCAAACAAUGCCCAACAAACGUUGCCCAGCAUUCCCAUGAUAACGGACGAUGACGACUUUGGAUUGAGGGCCGCUUUGCACAAUGGCGGUCAGGCAAAUAUCUCCGGUUCCUCGACAGGCUCGUCGUCAGGCCAGCCCGACCUAUAUGGAUCCUCGUCUUUGUCGCACAUGGGGAAACAGCGGCAGGCUCAAGGCAAGCGUCAGCAGAUGAAACAACGUUACAGUCCACCCAUGCAACAACAGCCACACUACCAACAGCAACAGCAGCCGAACUACGGGCGGGCCUAUAAUGGCGCCAGUAACUACGCACAACAACAGCAACCACAGCCCCAGCAACAACGGUACUCUCCGCACCAACAGCCGCAGCAGCAUCAGCGGCACUCCCCACAGCAGCAGCAACAGCGGCACUCUCCACAGCAGUUGCAACAGCAACGCCCCACGUCUUACGGGCAUAGCAAUAAUAUGCCCAUGGACUUGGACUCAUCCAGAGAACAUGAUCUGGCCUCACAGUCUGUUGCGCAAGCGGCUGCCGUUCUCGAACAGCAAAUUGGCGGUGCUGUAAGUGCCUCUAGCUCCAGUUCCGAGUCGGAUUCCAGCGACAGUGAUAGCGGCAGCGACUCCGAUGACAGCACCGAGGAUGAUCGUUCUAUGAAAGAGCAGAAAGAACAACAGCAGCAGCAGCAGCUGCAGCAUCAACAACUGCAGCUGCAGCAUCAGCAGAUCCAGCAGCCAGCCCCACAUCAUCAACGCCAUCAACAGCAACAGUCCCAACAGCACAUGAAUCAGCUGCCCAACCUGGGCUUGGGUUCCAUGUCACCAUCCUACAACAACCAUCAUCACCAUCAGCAGCCGCAGCCGCAGCAGCAACAAAUGUCCGGCGCGUAUGCGUCCAAUGGUGGCUUUCCAAAUGACUUGCUGCAAAACGAUCUGCAGUUGUCCUCCAAUUCGUCCGACGAUGACGAUUAGCUGCAUUUAAGUUUCCAUAUAAUUUGCCUUUUUUGACUAACAAAAAACAAAACAAAAACAA